AUGACUUCACGAUGCCCUCGGCUCCGCCCACGACGCGAGUCGCGGGUGCGUGAACGCCGCGGUGAGCGACGCGUUGGUGAACGGCUUGGAGACGGAGAGCGGCGCGGAGUCCUGCUCCCGGAGCCCUCCGGUUUCUCCUUCUUCUCCCCAGAGCUGGGGCGACUGCGGCGCGAUGGCGGUGAAGCCAUGGCGACGCUGCAGCAUAUAGGAGUAACUAACAAGAGUGACGAUGACGUCGGCAGCGGAGAAGGUGAAGGCGAAGCAGAGGAGAAGGGUGAAGAGGCAGCAGCAGCAGCAGCAGCACCGGUGGUGCCGCCGCCGGCGAGGGAGAAGGUGGAGAAAAAGGUGGAUCAUGUAAAGAACGAGCUGAGAGUCCUGGCAACUGCAGAAGUCGAGCAGCAUAAUGGCGCACCCGGCUUCACCGUGUACGUCGACCGGACACCGGCGAGCAUGGGGGAGGCCAUGACGGACAUCCAGGGCCAUUUCAUGAAGAUUCUUGACACUGCCAAAGAGGUCUCCGUGCUGCUGGAGGUUGUCCCCUACCAGAGGAGAGUUCAAUCACCUGUUCCGAGGGACGACGGCGAGGAGCAGGGCGCCCCAGAGGUCCCGCCGGAGCCGUUCAAGCUGUUCCAGAGCCACAAGGAGAGCCUUGACAGGCUCUACGAGUGGGAGAAGAGGCUGUACGAGGAGGUCAGGGUACGGGAGAAAGUCCGGCUGGCCUACGAGAAGAAGUGCGCGCUGCUGAGGAGCCAGGACGCCAAUGGCGCCGAGCCGUUCGCCAUCGAGAAGACGAGGGCCGCCGUCAGGGACCUCCGGACCAAGCUGGACAUCUGCCUCACCUCCGUCGACGCCGGCCCCGUUCACGUGCCCUGAACCCGGCUUUCCGCUUAUUUUUUUAUUUGAAACAGUGUUUUUCUCUCACAGAUUCCUCCAGCAUUCCUCCAAACCAUCUAAAUUUCUCCGAAAUUCACACAAGCGAACAGGCCCGCCGUGUACAGGAGGAUCGCCGCGGUGCGCGACGACGAGCUCCUACCGCAGCUCACGCAGCUCGUCCGAGGGUUGGCGAGGACGUGGAGAGUGAUCGCGGACGCGCACCGGGGAGACUUUGUCAUGUCGCCCAUCAUCAGAAACUGA